AUGGCAGCCGCAGCAACAGAGAAGACAUUUGACAUCCCAAAGAAAUACAAGGCGGUCGUGUACGAUAAACCGGGAACGAUAUCCACGAAGAUCGAGGAGCUUGAUACACCUGAGCCCGGGCCUGGAGAUGUGUUGGUUCGGCUAACCCACUCAGGAGUCUGCCACUCUGACAUGGGCGUAAUGGAGAACUCGUGGCGCGGACUCCCAUACCCAACACUGCCUGGACAAGUAGGAGGGCACGAAGGCGUGGGCAUUGUCCACAAGCUGGGCCCAGGACCUGAGAAAGGGCGAGUCAAGGUGGGGGAUCGAGUUGGUAUCAAGUGGGUCGCCUAUGCGUGCGGUGCUUGUCCGCCUUGCUUGGAAGGAAAAGAUGGCAUUUGUUUCAACCAGAAGAUCUCGGGUUACUAUCAUCCUGGAACAUUUCAGCAGUACGCUCUAGCACCUGCCAAUUACGUCACACCGAUUCCAGAAGCAUUGGCCUCGGAAGCCGCCGCUCCUAUGCUUUGCGCAGGUAUCGCAUCAUAUACAGCCUUGCGCAAGUCAGAUGCGAAGAGCGGACAAUGGGUGGUUAUCUCUGGAGCUGGUGGUGGGUUGGGACAUCUGGCUUGCCAGAUUGGGUCGAGAGGCAUGGCUUUAAGAAUCAUUGGAAUUGAUCAUGGUAGUAAGGAGGGCCUGGUCAAGGAGUGUGGAGCUGAAGUGUUCAUCGAUGUGACAAAGUUCGAUGAUAAGACAAUUGCGGAAGAGGUUAAGAAGGCGACAGGAGGGCUCGGAGCUUCAGCUGUAAUUGUAUGCACGGCCUCGAACAAAGCCUAUGCUCAGGCACUGGAUUUUUUACGAUAUGCAGGGACUAUGGUCUGUGUUGGUAUGCCAGAAGGAGACUUUGUCCCAAUUGCAAACGCAUUCCCGGCCGUAAUGGUAAGCAUGGAGUACAAAAUCAAGGGAUGCGCAGUAGGAAACCAGCGAGAGGCUCUUGAGGUUCUGGAUAUGGCUGCACGAGGCCUUGUCAAAACUCGCGUGAGGUUAGAAACGAUGGAGAAAUUGACCGAAGUCUUCCAAGAGAUGGCUGAAGGGAAGAUGCAAGGGAGAGUCGUCCUUGAUCUUCAAUAG